GCUAACAAGCUAAAACUCAGCAGAGCGAUCUGUGUGUUUGUAAACUCUCCAAAAACAGAUGUCGAUGGAAGAAUAAUGGACCGAGAACUGAACGAAGAGGAGCUGCAGGCGUUGUACGCGUGGAUAGACGGAAUAUCUCUGUCCCGGCCCAAGAGACACAUCACCAGAGACUUCAGCGACGGAGUGAUGGCCGCAGAGGUUGUCAAGCAUUUCUUCCCAAAGCUUGUUGACCUGCACAACUAUAUUCCUGCAAACUCCACACCGCAGAAGCUCAGUAACUGGAACCUUCUCAACAGGAAGGUGUUUUCCAAGCUGAACUUUCACGUGCCUGAGGACACAGUGAAGAGGAUUGUCCUGAGCACUGCAGGAGUGAUAGAGCCCGUUCUGGGCGCCCUCAGAGAGAAGAUAGAAAAGAAACUGGAGCACCCAACAGAGAAUAUACUGGAUUUGGAAUACUAUGAAACCAGAAACCAGGAGAAACCUCAUACAGAAAUGUGUCGGAUUGAAGCGAUACGUGUGACUCAGACGGCAGGAGAACUGAUAAAAGAUGAAAAAAGCAGAAUGAAAAUCGGUAAACCGCAACAGACAGCACAGUUUUACCCAGACAUGGAUCCUGGUUUACGACUACUCCUGCAGGAAAAAGAGAAAGCUGUCAUGGCUUUGCAGGAGACUGUGGAGGUACGCACGCACGGACACACCAGAGUGUGUGUGUGUGUGUGUGUGUGUGUGUGUGUGUGUGUGAGAGAGAAAGAAAGACGUUUAGAUGUGUUUGAUACAUAUGCGUCACAAGCUGUGUCAGCAGUGGUGGUUAGUGAGUCAGUAUCUGUUCAGCGGAUAUAACUUUUUUUCUUCUCUGCCUGUGGUCACAUCUGCCUGUUAAGAAAUAAUAAUGACACAGAUGGAAGUUUUCAUCAGUGAGAUAAUUCAUAGUUUUAGAAAUUAACCUCACCUAGUUUUACCACAUCCUUUUGCGUGUGUGUGUGUGUGUGUGUGUGUGUGUGUAUAGAUCCUGCAGAUGAAGGUGAACAGGUUAGAGCAUCUGGUUCACUUGAAGGACAUGCGUAUUGAAGAUCUGAUGCGGCAUCUGGAGACAUACAAAGCAAAAGGCAAUUCACGCUGACAUGA